AUGUCUGCACCUCUUUACGCCGUAGCAGACUUCUGUCUGAUCCCCAUGGGAUUACCUAAACCAUCUGUCGGGCCUGAGAUAGCUGAGGUUCAGAGGGUAUUAGAGAAAUCAGGAUUGGAAUACAAAGCUGUACAUGCUUUAGGAUGUCAGAGAAUUGCCACCGAUAUCAGGAUAGGUACAAGGACAGAUAAAUCUAUCACCUCAGGCGGGAACGACAGUAAAGUAAAGAGGGUUGUUGAUAUACUUGCAUCUGAGAAGAAGUAA